CGCCCCCCGGCGCGGACGUCGGGCAGCUCCGCAAGGCCAAGACCUCCCGGAGGAACGCCUGGGGCAACCUCUCCUACGCCGACCUCAUCACCAAAGCCAUCGAGAGCUCGCCCGAGAAGCGCCUCACCCUCUCCCAGAUCUACGACUGGAUGGUGCGAUACGUCCCCUACUUUAAGGAUAAAGGAGACAGCAACAGCUCCGCCGGCUGGAAGAACUCCAUCCGGCACAACCUCUCCCUGCACACCCGCUUCAUCCGCGUGCAGAACGAGGGCACCGGCAAGAGCUCCUGGUGGAUGCUGAACCCUGAGGGCGGCAAGACAGGGAAGACGCCCCGCCGGCGGGCGGUCUCGAUGGACAACAACAGCAAGUUCCUGCGCAUCAAGGGGAAGGCCAGCAAGAAGAAGCAGCUGCAGGUGACGCAGGAGCGCGGGGAGGACAGCCCUUCCUCCCAGCAAGCCAAGUGGUCGGAGAGCCCCGCGUCCCACGCUAGCGAUGAGUAUGACGCUUGGGCAGACUUCAGGACGCGGGCCAACUCCACGGCCAGCACCUUGAGCGGGCGCCUCUCGCCCAUCAUGUCCAACCAUGAGCCGGACGAGCUGGAGGAGGAUGACGGUACCCCCUCCUCUCCACUGAUGUACCCCAGCCCCUCCAGCACCAUGUCUCCUUCCCUCAACGCCCGGUGUUCUGUGGAGCUGCCCCGCCUGACCGACCUGACUGGCACCAUCAGCCUGAACGAGAGCCUCGGGGAGAGCAUGCUGGAGGACCUGCAGGACGGUUACACCAUGAGCCCUUCGCAGCAGCUCCCCCCGGCCGCCCUGCGGCAGCGGAGCUCCAGUUUCACCUUCAACUCCAAGUGCUCCACCAUGGGGGCUGCCACCAACACCUACUGCGGGACUAUCUACAGCCAGCCAGCCAUGAGCCUCAUGCGCCGCCUGCCCAUGCAGACCAUCCAGGAGAACAAGCAAGCCACCUUCUCACCCGUCAGCUCCUACAGGAACGCCUCGCUGCAGGACCUGCUCUCCUCCAUCUCCUACGCGCACAAGGAGAGCAUGGUCCCAGGGGACCUGCCCCUGCCGCAGGCCAGCCCCAUGGUGCCGGCCCGUGGCCACAGACACAACCCGCUGCUCUGCGGGAGCGGGGAGCAGGGUUUGUCCUCUUACCCGUCCCACUCGGGCUCUCUCAUGAAGAGCAACGCUUUGUACCACCCGUCACCAGCCGGUCACCACCCUGCGGUCAACACCAGUGCCUUAGCUAAUCCUGUCAGCCUUAUGAGCUUGCCCAGUGACACGUGCAGCAUGACAGCCAUGCCGCACCACGGGCAUCUGCAUUCCUACGCUAAUAACCAAGGGGCACACAUGAGCUUGCUGGAUUCGCUGCAGGGCCCCUACCCGGGGGCUGUCCACCCCCCUGUGUUGGGCCAAGACAGGUUCCCAGCAGACCUGGACCUGGACAUGUUCAACGGGAGCCUGGAGUGCGACGUGGAGUCGAUCAUCCUGAAUGACUUUAUGGACAGCGACGAGAUGGACUUCAACUUCGACUCAGCUCUCCCGCCGCAGAACGGGCUCAACGUGCCCGCGCUGCCCGGGGGUCCACAGCCCACGAACCAGAGCUGGGUGCCUGGGUGACACCCGUCCAAGGGUGGGGGCUUGCCACCGAGAAGCCACAAGGGGAACAUUGAGACUAACUUUUUUUUUUCCUUUCUCUUCUGCCUUUGUUUGUUAAGAUGGGCUAGAGCCAUUGGUCUGAGCUUGAGGUUGAACACAAAACACAAACCAUAGGGUCAAAUAUUGAGAUGGGGUAGGGCCCCCAGCCCCCAGCCCACAUGUGUGCCCGAUCUGCUGGGUCCUUCCAUGAGCAUCCUCCGGAGGACGCAGGGCAGGCUGGCGGGAGAGGCAACCGGAGCCAGGCAGGUUGUGGGGGGAACAGGAAGGGAAAGCCUUUCCAGAUGGUCCCAGUGCCCCCCUGUGACGGUAACAGUUUGAUUUGUCCUUGGGCUGGGUGACAGAGCAGUGAUGGCUGGUGGCAUAGGACACCCUGCGUGGGCAUCCCUCUCUGGAAAGGUUCCCUUUUCUCUGAGCCACCUCAGGAAACAAGUCCUCUGAGUAGAAGUGUCAAGAGUGAGGACCCUGCCCCAGGGCAAGGGGGGCCUCGUCACCCUAAAUCCUGGUGGAGAUGUGAGCUCUGCCAAGCCCGCCCACCCAGGCCACCUCCAGUGCGGGUCUCCUUGCUCGGCUCCAGGCAGGCUUUCUUAUGGGCUUGGUGAUGGAGGGAAGGCUGCGCAAUCUGCAGCCCUGGGAACAGCAUCUUGGCAGCCCAUGCGCCCACCAGUGGCUGGGGGUGCCACGGUCAUGCCUGCUCGUGGGGAAGCUGCGGGACCCUGCCUGGAGCAGGCGUGGGCACGUUCCUGGAUGUGGUGCACAGCCCUGCACAGGGUGGCCCUGCUGGGAGUGACGUGCUGCUGGCCUGGGUCCCCCGUGCCAGAGGCUCAGAGGGAGCUCACAGAGUGGGAUUUCAUUGCACUCUUUUGCCAUUGAAUUUUUGCAUUGGAAGGAAAAAAAGGGUUAAGCUUAGGGAGAGGAGGACAGAGAACAUGGGCAACGCUUGGCCAUGGCUUUGGGUGUUGGGUGA